AUGGCAAUCAUCACCAUCGAGCCUUCCGAUCCUCGGCCGAUCUACCAGCAGAUCAUCGACGAGAUUCGCCGUGCGCUGGUGGUCGGCAGCUUGCGGGCCGAUGAACCUCUGCCUUCGGUGCGCCGGCUGGCGGCCGACUUGCGGGUCAAUCCGAACACCGUCCAGCAGGCCUAUCGUGAGCUCGAGCGCGAUGGCGUGGUCUACGUGCGGCGGGGGAUGGGGACUUUCGUCGCCGGCUUGAGCUCGAUCGCGGAAGAGCGCCGCACGCUGGCCCGGUCGCUGGCCGGGCGCACCCUGCGUGAGGCGUAUCGCCAUGGUUUGGACAUCGACGAUCUGAUCACCGCUCUGCGCCAGGCGGCACGAUCCCAGGAAGGCGGCCCAGAUUCGUCGGAGGAAUCAUCGUGA